GUCAGUCUUAUACUGCACACAGACAAACACUCUCAUACACUCGUCAGGAUGCCCACAAACGUCAACCAAACAGAGCACAACACAGGAGAGGAGAAGGGGCCCAAGUUCCUUGGAGGGAUGCUUCCUUUGAAGGAGCCUUACAAGACCAUGGCUAGAGUUGGGGGGCUCAUCGGCAUUGGGGGUGUGGUUGUAGCGGUAUGCCUAUGGCGACUUGAGGUCAUAUGCAUGCUUUUAGGGAUUGUGAAAGAGAUCUUCAGACCAAGUACCAAAUCCAUUCAAGACACAAUCAAGGGUGUGGUCCACGAAUUGGGAAAAUUGGUUGGACAUGUGGGUCCAAAUGAAGCAGCUGGUCAGACCUCUACCAACGAGGAGAAAGAAGUGAAGGCAGAAGACAACACCCCUACCAGUAAGGGGAAAGAAGUUAAGGCAGAAGAUAACACCCCUACCAGUAAGGGAAAAGAAGUUAAGGCAGAAAACAACACCCCUACCAAUAAGGGGAAAGAAGUAGAGGCAGAAAGAGUGCAGUCCAAUCAAGAAGAGAACAAGUGGAUAAAAGUAGCCAAACAGAAACUUGGUGGGAUAAUACAAUAUUCUGCUGAAAUUUUUUUGGUUGUGGGGUUUAGCACAGUGAUGUUUACAAGUGUAAUGGCGCAUGCUUUGACACUCGGAAGUUUAACAGUAGUCCCAGUGGUGCUUAAACUACUCAGUGGGGCAGAUGAAUCCAAGUAUUUGGCCGAAUUUAAAGAAAUAGUCAAUACAUUUGUGAACAAUGUUCAGAUAGGAUGUAAGACACUGCUCACACUGUUAACGAGAAUUGUAGGAGAAGACAUAGCAGCAAAAGUGGAGGCUGAGUAUGGUUGCACCAGGGGGGGAGCAAUUGGUGGAGCUGUAGGCGGAACUAUUAGCGGGGCAGCGUUCACGUUCUUGACAGUGAUACAUCCAAUCUUCGGACAGGCGGUUGGCGGCGCACUUGGGGCUACUAUUGGUUGGAUAAUCGGCAAAGGAUUCACCUUAAACAGCCUGAAGGAACAGGGGCUAACAACAGACAAAUGGCAUGCAGGAGCAUUAGCUGGUGCUUUAGGAGGGAGCAUUGGGGCAUUUUAUGGCUUCAUGAAGGGAGGUGUUAUUGGAGGUUUAGCUGGAGGUAUGAUUGGCAUGAUGGGAGAUAAAUACCUUAAAUGAUGCAUUGAGGUUGUUUCCUGUUCUGGAGUUCUGUCAGACUACAGACUGUUUCGCAGUGUAGCAGAAACAAUGGGCUAGGGGUUACUGAUGUGGUUUUGAUGUACUGCUGUACUCUACUGAAGUUGUAAUCCAUUUGAUCAUCUUGAUCUAAUAAUUGUAUAUUAUAAAACGUACAGUUUAAAAUUGAAUUGCCGUCUAAAAUGUGUAUUAAGUAUAAUUCAGUGUUUGUCUUUUAU